AUGAUGGCUAAUCCCGCCGUGAUCAUAGACAACGGAUCUGGGCUGUGUAAAUCUGGCAUAGUUGGUGACAGCAUCCCCACAUCAGUCGUACCAUCUAUUGUCGGCUGCUCCAGAGCCACAAAGGGAGCACGGAAUGCCAACCUAAAGGACUAUUAUGUUGGCAAAGCAGCACAGACCAGAAGGGAAGUCUUGAGUUUGAAGUAUCCAAUUGAACGUGGUGUGGUGACGUCCUGGGAGGAGAUGGAGAUGAUCUGGAGGUACAUCUACGGCUUUGAACUGCGUGUAAAACCCAAAGAGAGGCCCAUCUUGCUGACUGCUGCCCCACUGACUCCGUUCUUAAAUAGAGAAAGAAUGGCUGAAAUCAUGUUUGAAGGCUUCUCUGUGCCAGCCAUGUACAUAGCCAUUCCAGCCACGUUGGCAUUGUAUUCAUCAGGCCGCACUCGAGGUGUGGUCUUGGACAGUGGGUAUGGAAUAACCGAUGCCGUGCCCAUCUAUGAAGGGUAUUACCUCCCAGAUGCUGUUCAAAGGCUCCAUCUGGCAGGCAGCGAUAUCAACGAAAGCCUUUGGAGAAUUCUGUUGGAGAACGGCCACUCUUUUGCUGAAAAGGCGGAGGCAGAUGUAAUCCAGGACAUCAAGGAGAAACUGUGCUAUGUUUCCCUGGAUUCCAAAGUGGAGAGCAAUAAGCCAGCAGAGGAAAUACAACGGGAGUACAGGUUGCCUGAUGGGACACAGGUUUUGAUCUCAAAUGAGCUCUUCAGAGCACCAGAGUUGCUUUUUACACCAGAGAGCCCAGGUCUGAAAGACAGUGGCAUUGACAAGCUGCUGUUAAACAGCAUUGCAUUGUGUGAGCCAGGGCUGCAUAAAGAACUGUCUAGCAACAUGCUGCUCUCUGGUGGCUCCACACUGUUGCCAGGAAUGGAGGAACGGCUACUGAAGGAGCUGAAGCUACACACACCUACCGAUGUCCCCGUCAAAAUCACUGCCCCACCAGAGAGGAACUACUCUGUGUGGAUGGGAGCCUCCAUCUUAACAAGCUUGUCAUCCUUUAAGCACAUGUGGAUUACUCUCAACGAUUACAAUGACUUUGGGCCAUCUGUAGUGAACAAGAGAUGUUUUUAA